AUGGACGCACGAGAGCCGUGCCAGGCAACCAUUAGGACUCGGAGCCUGCCGAAGAUGACUCCUACGGCGCUGGUGAAUCACUCAUGUGAGCAACAAGCAGUCGCCGCGAUGCAGAACGCGAAUGUCUCCGAAUCGACACAGAUUGUCCCACAGAACAGGACGACGUUCCUGGAUCUCAACGACGAUGUCCUUACGACGAUCGUUUCCGAUUUCACCACCAAGGACUCCCUGCAGCUCUCUCUCGUUGCGCGACGGGUCCAUCUACUCGCGAAACGUCAAGCAUUGUCUUCUGUGACGAUGAAAUCCAUGCAAGCCAUCUUGCGCAUCUGCACCUACAUGCUUGACGAUGUGGCCGGCCGCUUGCAGUGGAUCCGGCGCUUGUCGGUGUCUGUCGGGCUGCCGUACCAAGGAAGCGGCAUUUUCACCCAACACAAUUGUCCACAGAAGCUGGAGGAAGCAUUAAGAGCCUUGGGGCUGCUCACGUCACUCUUCAAGCAUGCAAGUGGGCUCCGGCAUCUCCACAUCUCUCCCCUUGAGGACCUUCUAGUGUUUCAUCCACCACUCCUUGACGCUAUUUAUGCACAUGCUAACCUAGCUGAGCUGGAGCUGCUGCAAUGUGGAGGAUGCAAGACUAUUAAGCUAUUAGAUGAGCUGCAGAGCCAGCCGCGCAGCCUCGUGCUGGAGGUACGGACACAGGACGCGGAUAAGGACGCAAUCAUCUCCCGAAUUGGGAGGUUCCAUGAACUCCGUGCGCUGAGUCUCUAUGGUCUAUACACACCACGGCGUUCGGUUCGCAUGGAUACGGAGCACUUCAUGCGCAGCUUGCACCAUUCAUGGCCUAAAGUUACCGAUCUCACUCUGGCACAUUGCGAAAUCCAACUUCCUGCGAUCCUCCAUGCCUUCCCCAAUUUGCGCGCCCUAUCAUUCACUGAACGGGGUAGUCUGCACGAUGCGGCUCUCAACAGGCUAGGAUAUUCUGUCCCAUUACAGGGGACCGCCGGUCUCGAAUACGUCAAGGGGAGCGCACACCUAUUCGAGAAUUGGCCCACUGCGCGUCCCGUGUAUCACAUUCUCAUUCAAUCCAUACUCGCAACCCCAAGUCGGUCGGCAAUGGUUGGACCCACACGCUGCGGAGACUCUGAAAUACCAGUCCUACUGCGUAUGGUACACAAUGCUGAACCGAUCAUACUCACCUUCCGCAUCAUGGCCUUCGUGUCUUUACGCGAGUCGUUCUGGAAGAGCCUGGCAGCUGAGGCGACGAGACUGCGGUGUCUCGAGGUCGAGCUGUGCCUAUUCAGGCAGACGGAGAACCUCACGGCUGCGUUCCUGCAGUGGAUGACCAAUAUUCCGUCGAGUCUUUCCGGUGUCACGUCUCUGACCUACCUCGACAUUGGUAUAAAUGUCGGCAUAUCGCGGUUCAUCAGCUGCGUAAUUACAAUGAGACCGAAGCCUGUUGAUCUGGAGACAAGCCAGGAGUAUGCGGAACAGCUUGCGUCACUGAUCAUUGCGCAAAUUUCCUCUCUUCGUUACAUUUCUCUUGGGUUUAGUUCCCCAGGGCCACGUUCCUCUUGGAUGUGGAAGGUGGACGACGAUGAGGGAGAGCGUACGCUGCGUGCUGUUCCUCCAAACAUUGCACAACGGCUCAAGGUGGUGUUGAAAUCGCCCAAUUAUGAUCUUCAACGAGAGAGUGAAGUGAUGGCGACCCACUCGGAACCUGGGCAAGCGAGUGCAUGUUAUAGAGCUUUGAACAUCGACGAGUUGUACACCCGCAUCGUCUCACAUGUCGACAGCCAUAAUCCUCGCUCGCUCGCCAAUCUCGCUCUGACUUGCCGCAGUUAUAGCGAGAUACCGUUGAGGACACUGUGGUAUGAGCUUCGUGACCUAGCUCCGCUCCUAAAACUUCUCCCCUGUCACAAGUGGCGAGAAGUCAGCGAUGUUCAUGGAACCAAACGUCUUGAUAUCACCGCCUCGGGACUGGAGGAUGAUUGCUUCACGCGUAUGGACUACUACAGUCAUUUUGUGAAGAAGCUGAGCUUGCCGUUUAAGCGUGAAGCUGGACUUUCUCCGUCAGUCAUGGAAGUUCUUGCACUCAUCAAGCACCGCUGUCUGCUACCUCAAGGCCGGAGCUUCCAGUGGCAACCGAGAAGUAGCGUGUUCGUCGAGUGCACUGCGCCUCUUCUUGGACCAUCCCUCGAAACCUUGAUGAUCAACUCCGCCACGGUUGGGUUGGAUCUCAGCGCAGUUCUCCAGACGCUUCCGGAGCGCGCUCCUCGACUAACAAAACUCUAUAUCAGGGAGAUUGGCCGGCACGAAACGACGGCUACCUCGGUCGAAGAAUUGCUUCUUGCGCAAACAGCAUCCUUGACGACCUUCUCCUUCACUGGCACUCUCACCUCCAACAGCAUCCUUGCGCUGGCUAAAAUGCCUAAUCUCGUGGCCGCCGUUGUUGGUACGAGCGCAGACCAACUGUCCAAAGUCUCCUUUCCGGUGGGAUCCUUCCCUGCUCUGGAGACCUUGGACAUCAAGCUCGACAAGCUCGAUCGAUCGAUAUCUCCGCUGCUGAACGCAAUCGACUCGACGUCAUUCACGCAUUUUCGACUGACCGUCGCGGACCCGCACUCAUCUGGGCUCCUGACCAGCCAUAUGCGGGCUCUGUCGCGCUUUCAUCUUGUUUUCCUUCAAGUGCUCUUGGGACGCAUAGAUGCCACUGGGUCUAGCUAUCUGGGAAGCUCAGAGGACGUGGUCUCGUUGGGGACACUGAGGCCACUCUUGGACAUUCAGUCACUGCAGUAUCUCGGCGUUCGAGCGCCGCGUCUGGAGGUGGACGAACACAUGCUCGACGCGAUCUCACGAUCACUACCUCACAUCAAGGCGCUGUCUCUCGAGAAUAUGUCCGGCGAAUUGUCUCCUGGUCUCGGUGUACUCCUGCCGCUUGCGCAGCAAUGUCGCGAACUCUGCCACGUGAGGAUGGACUUCAAUGUCAGCAUUGUUCCGCCCAUCCCCACUGGCAUAUGUUCCAAUAACACCAUGUGUACGCUGUCCGUUGCAAAGACGCAACCCGUAGUAUGA